UUUGCCUAAGCUGGUGGAUCGCAUACUCUAGCAUCAGUAACCAAUAAAUAAGAUAUAUUCGACCAGUUUCUACCUACUUACUACUUAAACUGACGUUUUAAGAUACUUUCGCAAACACCUGAGGUCUUGUUUAUUGCCUACUCAAAACUAAACUGAACUCUGAAUGUUCCAAAUGUGUUUUUGUGACCGCCACAAGGUCUACCCUGAAGAUCUGUAGACGUUGACCCAGUCCCGUGACCGUGGAAGUCAAUCCGCACACCUUGUUUGCACAGCUGAAACUCUUCGCUCAUAAAAGCACAUGUCUCAAUCAGUGGCGUACUCAGUCGCCUCCGUCAUGUGGCGCCCUCUGCUGCUCACCCAGCUGCUCCUUGGCCUGGCCAACGGCCAGAUCCAGCCCAGAAUCGUGGGCGGCACCACCACCACGCUCUCCGCCGUGGGUGGCUUCGUGGUGAACCUGCGCUACAACGGAACCUUCUACUGCGGCGGCUCCCUCGUGACCAGCAGGCACGUGGUCACGGCGGCCCACUGCCUGAAAGGCUACCAGGCGGGCCGCAUGACCGUCCAGGGCGGAGUGAGCCAGCUGAGCCAGUCGGGCGUCGUGAGGCGCGUGGCCAGGUACUUCAUCCCAAAAGGCUUCAGCAGCUCCAGCCUCAACUGGGACGUGGGCGUCAUCCAGCUGCAGAGGGCCUUGACUGGCAGUGGCAUCACCACCAUUCCGCUCUGCCAGGUGCGGUGGAACCCCGGCGACUACAUGCGCGUCUCCGGCUGGGGCACCACUCGCUACGGCGGCUCCAGCCCCUCCAACCAGCUGCGCACCGUGAGCAUCCAGCUGAUCCGCAAGAAGCUGUGCCAGAGCGCCUACGAGGGAAGGGACACCCUCACCGGCUCCACCUUCUGCGCCCGCAGUGGCGGCAGAGACAGCUGCUCCGGCGACUCCGGCGGCGGGGUCAUCUUCAAGAACCAGCUCUGCGGCAUCGUCUCCUGGGGACUGGGCUGCGCCAACGCCCAGUACCCCGGCGUCUACACCAGCGUCCGUCGGGUGCGCGGCUUCAUCCUCCGCUCCAUUAGGAAGUGAGGAGUGGGCGUCGAGGGAGCGACGGAAGCCACAGCUAUUAAUAGUUAGUUAAAAUAUUAAUUACAAAUCGUUAGUGCAAGUGCUGCCUCGCCUGUCGCCAGGAAGUCCGCGGACCGGAUGGGCGACUGCAGAUUGGCGAUGGGCCAAUGAAGAUAUCACCCAUCUGCUUUGUGGCCUUGCCGCAUGUAAAUUGGUAGGCAAUGCACAGUGAUUGAAUACCA